AUGGACGACAACAAUAACAAUAUAUUUGAUGUGUUAGAAUCGCCAUCAUCUCCAAAAUCAAUUAAUGAUUCACAAGUUAAAUCAACAACAACAAUAUCAUCGACUAAUAUACUUUCUAUUCGCCGUUCCCAUCUUCCGUUGAUGAAUGCAGGCAGUGGAUUGUAUCCUUCUUCUUCAUCAUCAUCUGAACCAUCAUCACCCGGUGAAGUUCAACGACAAAAACGAAGAGAUCGUGCACUACAUGGUCUUGGUUUUGCUAAUCCCGGUCCAAAAAAUUUAGUAAAUGUAGCUAAUGUACCACCAAGACGUUUAAAAACUCGUGAACCAUCUACACAAGAAAAACCCAGUGCCAGUAAACCCUUGUAUGAUAAAUCAGGUCUUCUCAUAUCCGAUCAAACUGAUCGAUGUGAUUGUAAUCGUCUAAAAUGUCCCGGAUGCUUUUUACCUUGUACAAAUUGUCAAUCAUCAAAAUGUGGUCUCGAAUGUCGAAAUCUUCGAACUUAUUCUUAUGAAUAUCGUUUGUAUGGUACAAACAAAGAAAUAACACAGCAAUAA